GCCAUUAUUCAGGCAUGUAAAAUUUUAUAAAAUACGUAAGAAUCCACUGGAAGAACUUCAGGAAAAGGAUUUUAAAUCGAAAUACAGAUUUCAUCGAUCUACUGCAUGUUUUAUCAUCGACAUGGUGAAAAAUGACCUAGCUGGUGAUUCAAGAGGUGGCUUUAUACCACCCCAUCUGAAAGUUUUGGCAGCAAUUAGAACAUGGGCCCGUGAAGAGUUUCAAGAUGAUGCAGGAGAUAUUAGUGGAAUGAGUCAGCCAACAAUAUCACUUAUAUGCAAACAAGUUGCCUUGGCUAUAGUUGCUCAAAGAGCUCAGUGGAUUAAAAUGCCACAAACUGAUGCAGAGCAGAAUAAUGUGAUUGCUGGUUUUUAUUCAUUGUGUGGGUUUCGACAAGUGAUAGGGGCUGUUGACUGCACACAUAUGCGAAUUCCAAAAGUCGGUGGAGAUGUUGGACAGUACUAUAUAAAUAGGAAAGGAUACAGUUCAAUAAAUGUGCAAGUUGUGGCAAAUGCUAAUUUGGAGAUUAUGGAUAUAGUUGCUCAUUGGCGAGGCAGUACACAUGACUCUAGAAUAUUUAAUGAAAGUCGCUUGAAACAAAGAUUUGAGAGAUCAGAAUUUAAGGGCAGACUUUUAGGAGAUUCGGGAUAUGCUUGUACACCUUAUUUAUUUACUCCUGUCCUUCGCCCUACUACAGAAAAGGAAGAAAUGUAUAACAAGGCACACAUAAGGACCCGUAAUGUAGUGGAAAGAUGCUUUGGAGUAUGGAAGCAAAGGUUUCAGUGUUUGCUGAGAGGAUUUUCCACAAAAUUGCAAAACACAAAAUUAUAUAUUGUUACAUUGGCUGUACUGCACAAUAUUGCAAUGCACAGGCAAGAUCUAGAAGAAGUUGAAGCAAGUGGUGACACUGAUGACACUGUUCCAGUAACUCCAGCAAUCAACACCUGCCUUAGAGGAAAUUCUGUACGAGCAGCCUUUAUUAAUGAGAAUUUUUAAAAAUAAAAGUUUUAAGUUUACAAUAUCUUUUUAUUUUGAAACUCGUUCUAUAAAAAAUAUAUAAUUAGACAAAUUAACGUAACUUAUACAUAAUAAACUAAGGAUUGAGAACUUCACGGGCCUUUUUC